AUGUGCAGUAUUGAAGAUGAUGGAGAACUCCGACCAGUGAAGAAUGAUUCUACUCAGAGCCUGCAAGAAAAGAAAUGUGUCAAGUGCGACCAGCCAGGUGUCGUCGUCACCCGAAUCCAUGAUUGUUUCUGCAAAUCGUGCUUUCAAGUGUACGUGAUUCAUAAGUUUCGAGCAGCUAUUGGCAAGUCCAAGUUGAUUCGAGAGGGGGAACGUGUUCUGGUGGCAUUUUCAGGGGGAGCCAACUCUGCAGCCUUGCUUCAUUUGAUACAAGAUGGAUUAAGCGACAGAGCACACAGAAAGCUUCGAUUCAUCCCAACAGUUCUACACGUUGAUGAAUGUGGUGUUCUUGAUGUGAGUAGCGAUGCAAGACAAGAAUUGAGACAAAAGAUUGCCAGGGUGAUGUUGAAGUCUGGUUUUCCAGCGUACAUUGUCGACUUUGAACAGGCUAUAGAUAUUGAGCGUAAAAAUAUGGGGACACAAAAUGGAACAGACGGUGUUAGCAGUGAUAGUGGUUGUCUGGUCCAUGAUGCCAAGGAUGGAUUGAGCACACCUGCUGUUGAUGCCUCGCAGACCAAUAAGCUAAGGUCACUCGUUGGUAGUGUUGCUUCACUGACAAGCCAAGAGGACUUUGUUCGACAUCUAAGGAACCAGUUGAUUGUCUGCAUCGUCCGCCAGAUGGGGUUCUCAAAAGUUCUGACUGCCGAAUGUUCCACCCGGUUAUCCAUUAAAAUCCUGACAGAUAUUGCUCAAGGUCGUGGCUCACAGCUGUCGCUGAACACGGCAUUUUGUGAUCAACGCAACGGUGACGUUCUGUUUGUACGGCCUGUGAGAGAUUUAACAUCUAAAGAGCUCGUGAUGUACAAUACUUUGUUUGAAGUUGACAGUGUUUUUAUACCCAGCAUUACCACAAAGACAGCGAAAGACUCGAGCAUAGAGCGACUGACGGAAACAUUUGUUACUGGUCUUCAGGCAGACUUCUCUUCAACAGUUGCUAAUAUUGUCAGGACUUCAGAAAAACUUGAACCACCAGAUUUAGAGAACAGCCAGGCCUGUGUAUUUUGCCAGUCACCCCUGGACACGGAUGUUGGCAAAGCCUCAGCCUUGCGGGCAAUUGAGUACUCUCAACGAAUUUCACGGGCAGGCCAGAAUGCGAAGUCUGCCAAUUGUCAUGGUGAUGACACAAAAUGCCAGGAUAAGGCAGCAGGUGAAAGUAAUUGCCAGGCACCGGAGCUGGCUCGCUCUCUUUGUUACGGAUGUCGUGUGACUCUACAGAAUUUUAAUUUUGAGAAGUCAUCGCUGCCUAACUUGGUCCGGCAAAGAUCUGCUGCAAAAAACACAAGCCACUUGCUGAGGGAGAAGAUCUCUGAGUUUCUUCUGGAAGAUGUCGACAGCUGA